AUUAGGUAAUGCGAUUUAAAGUAGAUCUGAAGAAGAAAUGUGUUUAAACACAGCUAAGAUUUACAUUUUCGGUAGAAAACAUCUGUUUUCUUUUGAAUGGCGCUGCCUUGCGCUGCUGUAUGUAAAUGAGCCAUGACGUCAAACAUUCCAUCGUAGUUCUUAUAAUGAUGUAGACGGCAUACCGGCUCAUUUUCUUGCAACAUCUCGAGCGAGUUGUACCGAAUCACUAUAGAUCUGCGUUUUACGUCUGAUUUAUGGAGUUUUCAGUUGAUCGAGAUAUAACAAAUAUUCAGUUCGCCGUUGAUAACAAUUCUCUCGAGUUUGGAAAGAAACAUAGAACAAUGGGACGAGUUAGAAAGAGAGUUAAACAGUUCUGUAACUGGGCCUCUCGGAAAUCCGGGAAAGCCCAGCAGAACCAGUGCACAUCCGAGGGCGACCUCGAGCACCGGAGAUGUUCUGAUGUCGAAGCCGGACCGAGCAACGCUACGUUCAUCUCCCACAUUCACACUGGAGCUGGUGUUUCACCAAGCCCAGCACCACAGACAAGAGAGAAGAAACUUAAGAGGCUCUGGAAAUGGUUUUCUCGGAAAUUCAAGAGAACUAGAACCAGAGCCCCACAGGGCCAGCUGAGCAGCCCACAGCCUCAGAGAUCCCCUGACGGUGAAGCUGCGUGUGUGUCGCCGAGGACAGUUCAUGACGAGCGGGUUAACAGGCGCGUGUCUAUCCAGACCCCUGUGAAGACCCCGUCAACAGAAACUGAACGGCACGACGACACUGAAUGCUGGGACUUUUCUGUAUCUUCUCUUAGCACUGCGGGAAACAGCGAAUCCGACCGCGCUUCAGUGCACAGCUGGCACUCGUGUGCGUCUUCGCUUGGCACCCCGGUUAUCAGUGAAUCUGACCGCGCAUCAGUGUUAAGUUGGCACUCUUGUGCGUCUUCGCUUGGUACCGCGGGGAUCAGCGAAUCUGACCGCGCUUCAGUGCACAGUAGGCACCCUUGUGAGUCUUCGCUGACCGCUGAACACCACAACGAUGAGGAAAACGCUUCCAGUGAGGACUCCAGCGUGUCCGAGGACAGCACAUCUUCCUCAUCGGAUUUUUGGAAAACAGAACAGGAAACCACAUUUAACUGGGAAGGAAAUACAGGUAGAAUCUCCCAGGACUAUAAAAUCCAUCACUUGAUUGGUCAGGGAUCAACAGGAGUCAUCUAUGAUGGAAUUCGUCUGUCGGAUUGCCGAAUGGUUUGUUUCAGACAUAACAAAAAGAUUUUGGGCUUUUCCCUUGAAAUGUAAAUUUGACGAAUGCCGCAUGGCUGGAUCGUGUGUAUUAACUUUUGCUUUCUCUUGGUCAACAGGUGGAUAUUAAAUGCGUGAA